AUCACCGUGAACUUCUGCCCAUCUCAUCAUCUCCUCCUUUGUCAUCUGAAGCCUCCCCAUUUCCCCAAAUUCCACUACCAAAGCUGCCCAGAUUGCCAAUCCAAUCUUCCGUUUAUCAAGCACCCAAAUCUCUCUCUCUCUCUCUCUCUCUCUCUAUAUAUAUAUAUAUACACACACACACAAACUGGCACCAAUAUAGAGAGAGAAAGGAAAGAUGGCCCUCUCUAUGGUUGCAGCAUCGUAUCCUCGGCUCUACGUGGGGACGAGACGGCCAUUUUUGCAGCCCAAAAUUCGGUGUGCUGUUUCUUCCUCUGCUUCAGUUUCGAACAAAUUCGAUCUUCGAACCUACUGGACGACGCUGAUCGGAGAAAUCAACCAGAAGCUGGACGAAGCCAUAUUCGUGCAGUAUCCGCAACAGAUCUACGAGGCCAUGCGUUACUCUGUUCUCGCCAAGGGUGCGAAACGCGCCCCUCCAGUCAUGUGCGUCGCCGCUUGCGAGCUCUUCGGCGGCGACCGCCUCGCCGCCUUCCCCACCGCCUGCGCCCUCGAAAUGGUUCACGCCGCGUCGUUGAUACACGACGACUUGCCGUGCAUGGACGACGACCCGUCCCGUCGGGGACAACCGUCAAACCACAGAGUCUUCGGCGUGGACAUGGCGAUCCUCGCCGGCGACGCCUUGUUCCCGCUGGGGUUCCGCCACAUCGUGUCGAACACGCCGCCGGACCUCGUCCCUGAGCCGCGGCUCCUCCGCGUGAUCGCCGAGAUAGCCCGGGCAGUGGGGUCCACGGGCAUGGCGGCCGGGCAGUUCCUGGACCUGGAGGGAGGGCCCAACUCGGUGGAAUUCGUGCAGGAGAAGAAGUUCGGGGAGAUGGGCGAGUGCUCCGCCGCGUGCGGCGGCCUACUGGCGGGCGCCGAAGACGAGGAGAUCCAGCGGCUGAGAAGGUACGGCCGAGCAGUCGGGGUUCUGUACCAGGUGGUUGAUGAUGUGUUGGAAGAGAAGAUGAAGACCCCGGAAAGAAUGGCGGAGGAUAGGAAGGAGGCGGAGAAGAAGAAGAAGGGAAAGAGCUACGUGGGUGUUUAUGGCGUGGAGAAAGCCAUGGAAGUGGCUGAAGAUCUGAGAGCAAAGGCGAAGAGAGAGCUGGAUGGGUUAGAGAAAUACGGAGAGAGGGUGGUUCCACUCUACAGCUUUGUAGAUUAUGCUGCCGAUAGAGGUUUCAGCGUCGGGUGAUCAAUGAUCCAUCGUGUUUAAUUUCCUUAAUUAGUUUUGGGCCAUCUUUUCUUUGCUCUUUUUUUAUUAUUAUUAUUUUGUAUUUUAAUAGAGUUGGCUUUCGUUUUGUUUUUGAUAUUAUAAGAUACUAAUACCUAAUUAGGGAUGCCAAAAUGGUCUGUCGGAAUGGUAAUGGAGUGGGUAUGGGUAAGGGAUUUCCUUUUCCCACUACUACACUCAUAUCUCUAUUCUUCUUCCUA